UCGCUGCUCAGUCAUCUUCUCAGAUAAUGAGCAUAAUCUCUCAUGUUCUCUGGCUCCUCCAGACUCUCCUAAGCCAGUACAUCCCGUGGCCCAUCUGAAGAUAUGUCCAGCAUGUCGCCGUCUCACGCGAGUUUUUGACUGCGACAAAGACAAAGCAUCUUGCAUCUGCUCGAGUCAGCAGCUGGUCGCAGAGGCUUUAGGAGCAGCGUGCAGCCAUGUCCACAAAGACUCUGAUUGAGGCAAAACAGGCUUCCUCGGCCGAACUUGCUACGCCCACAGAUCCGUACAAGACACUCAAAGACUGUCUUGCCGGGACCGCCGGUGGUAUUGGACAGGUGCUUGCGGGUCAACCGUUUGAUUGUGUCAAGGUUCGGUUGCAGACACAGCCCAAGGGCGCCAAUCUAUACAGUGGUGCUCUAGAUUGCGCGCAAAAGACGCUGAAGAAUGAAGGUGCGCGUGCAUUCUACAAAGGCACGCUGACACCACUUCUUGGCGUUGGUGCAUGCGUGUCGAUUCAAUUCGGUGUAUUUGGUGCAUUGAAGCGAUACUACACCGAUAAGAAUGCUGGAGGCGGUCUGACACGAGGCCAACUAUACCUCUCUGGUGGUCUUGCUGGCGCUGCCAACUCCAUUAUUGUCGGCCCUGUCGAGCAUAUUCGUAUUCGCCUACAAGCACAAAGCGACACCAACAAGCUCUACAACGGACCCUUGGACGCAGCUCGUAAAAUUUACGCAGAACGUGGUAUCCGUAGCAUCUUUCGUGGUUAUGGCCCUACCAUCUUCAGGGAGUCUCACGGCACUGGUAUCUACUUUACAACUUACGAGUCCCUGCUCAAAUGGGAGCUUGGCAACUCUGGUCGGACGCGCGAUCAAAUUCCUGCAUGGAAAUUGUGUACAUUUGGCGCAGCCGCAGGGUAUAGCAUGUGGCUAACCGUCUACCCGGUCGAUGUGGUCAAAUCACGCAUGCAGACGGAUGGUUUCGGUGCAAAACAAGUCUAUCGCAAUGCGCUGGAUUGCUUCAAGCAGACACUCGCGCAAGAUGGUGCGAGGGCGUUUUUCCGUGGCUUCUCACCGGUGCUGGUACGAGCUGCACCUGCUAAUGCGGCAACCUUCCUGUGCUAUGAGUACACCCGGCAAAUGCUGGGAUAGACUUGGUAAUUCUUUAUAGACAGAGCAUGAAGUGCUGCAUGACAUCUUUGAUCCAUCUGAAUAGAAUUGCUCACUGCCCCGGGUGGCCAGCGUCAUGAUGGUCAGUAAAUGGAAGGGUAUCCUGAUCAUCUCAUUGUGCAUCUGUAUUGGAACGCGGGUCACCUAGAAUCAGCAAGUAGAUUGAAAAAUCACACAAUAGCUCGAUCAAGGGCAGCAAGAGCCAUCAGGGAGGUUACUGGCCUCAUCACCAGAGCUCAAGGCUUGAAGCACAGAGUAUGAGUAUGCACUGACUCACAGCUUAGGAAUUUGAUUCUUGUCUCAGCGGCAAGACACAUACCGGGUUGAUAGACUUCUUCAGCGAC